AUGAGUGACGAUUUGGAAGGCAUAAAUCCUGCAGGACCUAGCACGCGCCACGAUCAAUCUCAUGACGACACUAACGAGACCACUUCUCUCCUCCACCACGAACGCCCACACGAUGGCCCUUGCGACCACGGUACAUUCUCUCCUCGUGUAUCUAGCCCGCCACCAAAAGCCGGUAAUAUUGAUGGUGAGAUAGGGUCUGUGGCGGAUUCGGAUGGCUCUGCACCGUCUAGCGAGACGCAGCUUAAGAGUUGGAGAAAAACAUUUUCGAGUAGGGUAAAGAGCAAAAAGAUGACGGAUUCUAGUACAUUGGCACAGCAACAUGGCGUCAAGGACUCGUGGGUGAUGUAUUUGUCAUACUAUGUGCCCUUCCUCAUAUGGAUCAAGCAGUAUAAGUGGUCGUGGUUGAAAGGCGAUUUUACGGCCGCUAUCACCAUUGCGUCUAUGUACCUCCCUAUGGCUCUUUCGUACGCUGAUAACCUGGCACAUGUUCCUCCGAUCAAUGGCCUAUAUGCCUUCGCCAUCAACCCCUUCAUAUAUGCGCUACUGGGAAGUUGUCCGCUGAUGGUGGUCGGGCCAGAGGCAGCUGGUUCCCUACUUAUCGGAUCUAUUGUUAAGAAUAGUAUCGAUCUCGGAGGGGGCGACGACGACAAUGCCAUUCUACAAGCUCAGGUGGCUGGUGUGGCUGUCGGCAUAGCUGGCGCAACCGUCUUCUUUAUGGGUGUAUUUCGUUUGGGAUUUCUUGAUAGCGUCUUGAGCCGACCAUUCCUACGAGGCUUCAUUUCCGCCAUUGGCGUGGUUAUCUUUAUCGACCAAUUAAUUCCCGUCUUAGGACUUAACCAUGCAGCUAAAACAGCGCCGGGAGUUACGCACGGAAGCACUGUGCAGAAGCUUGAGUUCGUACUCACACACCUUGGCGACAGACACAACCUUACUGCUAUUGUCGGUAUUGUGGGGUUUGUUGUCAUUAUGGUGUUACGGGAGGCUAAGAGGCGCUUGCAACCACGAUACCCAGGGGUAGCAUAUUUCCCUGAUAGACUCAUUGUGGUUGUAUUCUCUGCACUCAUGGCUUGGCAUCUGGGCUGGGAACAGAGUGGUGUUCCAGUGUUAGGCAAAGUCGAAGCAGCGUCCGGCCACGUCUUCACUUUUCAUAACCCUUUCCAAUUAUCGCACAUGUCCCACAUCCGAGAGGCUAUGGGCACGUCCUUCUUGGAUUGGCAUGCUUGGUUUCUUCGAGUCCUCGGUUGCGGCCAAGAGUCUGGGAGGCGAAGAAAUCGUCGAAGGGAUGCAAUUGAGUCCUAA